AUGUACCUGCUUUUCUUUUUUUUUCUUUCAACACAUGAGUCAAGAGGGUACCAUGAUUCACAAUUGAGUGACAUAAAGAGACUAAGGCAUACAAUAGAGAAUAAAAAGCGAAAUAUCGAUCAAGUUGAUCUUGAAGGUCCCUUUGAUCUACUCAAGAUCGAUAAUGAUCAAGUACUCAAGAAUAUUUCAACACGAUCGCUUUGUCCUACUUGUAACAAGACAGUGAAAUACUUUUGUUACAAGUGCCAUAAAGUGGUUGGUAUGAAAGAGUCAGACAUACCCUGCGUCAGACUGCCUGUUCAUUUAGAUAUUAUCAAACAUCAUAAAGAAUUGGAUGGCAAGUCAACAGCUGUUCAUGCAAAGAUCGUUGCCAAACAGGACGCAGAUCUUCAUACAUGGCCUGAUAUUCCCCAGUUUGAACACCCUGAGCGAACUUUACUCUUGUUUCCUAGUCCAGAUGCUAAACAACUCAAAGAUAUCCCAAGAGACUCUUUUGAUCGUAUCGCUGUGAUUGAUGGUACAUGGAUACAAGCCAAACAAAUAGCCAACAAUACACCUAUACUUAAGAAAAUGCAAUGUGUCACCAUUGCUCCUCAAAAGACUCAUUUUUGGCGAUUUCAAAAUGUAGACGAUCAACAUUUAGCCACAAUAGAAGCCAUUUAUUAUCUUUAUCGAGAAUACAGUGAAACAUACGAAGAUCCUUAUGAUGGUAAAUACGAUAAUUUGUUAUUCUAUUACAAGUUUUUUUACAACAUGAUUCAACAUCGAUACCAAACAAUUAAAAAGACAGCUACAUUUACUCAUCGUCAUCAGCAAAAAGAUUAUAUAAAGACUCGAAAUAAAAAUUAA